AUGGUGGAUCCAAGAAAACAGGUUACUGGGAUUGAUAUUCCAAAAGAAAAAGAUGGGGAUUUUAUUAAUGGUGAGAACAAUAAAAUUAUGGAAUCAAUGUCAAUAUCUCCACUGACUUUGAAUAGAAGUACCCAAAAGGCUAUGGAAUCCAUAGCCCCUAUUUUAGAAGGUUUUAAUCCAAAGACUUCUACAAGCGAAAAUAUGUCUCUAAAGUUACCUCCAGCAGUUAUCUCUGCCAGUGAAUCCUCAUUAGACGAUAUAAAUAACGAUCACAGGUUCAACAAAAAUUCAAAUGUAGGAGGAUCGUUGAUUUCUGCUGAUCAUAGCCAGUUGGUAGAUCAAGCUUGUAAUGUUACAUUAGAGAAUUUAAAAUUAAUAGAAACUGCCAGGAGAAAUUCCAUUUCUUCUGAUCCCCAAUGGCAUUCUUUAACAACACCUGAGCAAAGUAAUAGUGAGGCGUCGUCUAUAUCUGUUAAUACAUCGGGAAUUAACACUCCUACUUCUAUUUCUUACAGCAUCUUAGCAGGUUCGAGUUUCCCUUCUACGUCCUCUUCCAGAAAAUCUUCAACUAGUCAUUCUCGGUUCACAUUGCCUAAAAUUGGAAAGAUUGGUGUAUGUGCUAUGGAUGCAAAAGUUCUUUCAAAGCCAAUGCGUCAUAUCUUGAACAGAUUGAUGGAGCAUGGUGAAUUUGAGACAAUUAUCUUUGGAGAUAAAGUUAUUUUAGAUGAACCUGUACAAAAUUGGCCUACCUGUGAUUUCUUAAUUUCGUUCUUUUCUACUGGGUUUCCUUUAGAUAAAGCUAUUGCAUACGCAAAAUUAAGAAAACCGUUUAUUAUAAACGAUCUUAUUAUGCAAAAAGUGUUAUGGGAUAGGAGAUUAUGUUUAAGAUUAUUGGAAGUAGCAAAAGUACCUACUGCACCAAGGCUUGAGAUCAGCAGAGAUGGUGGUCCUCGUGCUAAUGAAGAUCUGAGAAAGAUGUUAUUAGAAAAAGGUGUUAAGUUGGAACCUAUUGAAGAACCUCAUUGGAGAAUGGUUGACGAUGAUACGUUAGAAGUUGAUGGGAAAAUAAUGACUAAGCCAUUUGUUGAAAAACCUGUUGAUGGUGAGGAUCAUAAUAUUUUUAUAUAUUAUCAUUCAAAGAACGGCGGUGGUGGUCGUAGACUAUUUAGAAAAGUGGGUAAUAAAUCAUCUGAAUUUGAUCCUACAUUACUGUAUCCAAGAACUGAUGGUUCGUAUAUUUAUGAAGAAUUUAUGGACACGGACAAUUUUGAAGAUGUUAAGGCUUAUACAGUUGGUGAAAACUUUUGCCACGCGGAAACAAGAAAAUCACCCGUAGUCGAUGGUAUAGUUAGAAGAAAUACACAUGGUAAGGAGGUUCGUUAUGUCACACAACUUUCUGAUGAAGAAAAACAUAUGGCACAACGUGUAUCUAAGAUUUUUUCUCAAAUGAUUUGUGGAUUUGAUCUAUUGAGAGUUUCUGGAAAAAGUUAUGUGAUUGAUGUGAAUGGUUUCUCCUUUGUCAAAGAUAACACGUCCUAUUAUGAUUCUGCAGCGAAAAUUUUGAGAGAAACAUUUCUGCAAGCCAAGAAAAAAAUGGAUCUUGUGAAGCGUACUAUGCCUCAGAUAAGAGAAGAAAAGAGUCAAAAAUGGGUUUUUAAGGGACUAGUUACAGUAAUUCGUCAUGCUGAUAGAACACCAAAGCAAAAAAUCAAACAUUCUUUUACAUCACCAAUAUUCAUAUCUUUGUUGAAGGGCCAUAAAGAAGAAGUUGUUAUUAGAAAUGUAAAUGACUUACAGAUCGUAGCACAAGCUUUAAGCAUUGCAUUAGAAGAACAAGCAGAAGAUCCUGUAAAAGUUAAAUUAUUGUAUACCACAUUAUUAAAAAAGAUUGAUUUUCCUGGAACUAAGAUUCAAUUAAAACCUGUUCUUAAUAUUGAAAAUGAGGUGGAAAAAGUGCAGUUUAUUUUGAAAUGGGGGGGUGAACCAACGCAUUCUGCUCAUUAUCAAGCCACUGAGUUAGGUGAACAAAUGCGUCAAGAUUUUGACUUAUUAAAUAAAAGUAUUUUACAAAAUAUUAAAAUAUUUUCCUCUUCUGAGAGAAGAGUUUUAUUAUCUGCCCAGUUUUGGGCAUCUGCUCUUUUUGGGGCAAAUGAGUUUGGCAAUGAUGAAAUUAGCAUAAGAAAAGAUUUAUUGGAUGACAGUAACGCAGCAAAAGAUUUGAUGGAUAAAGUAAAGAAAAAGCUAAAGCCAUUAUUGAGAGAAGGUAAAGAAGCUCCAUCCCAAUUCACAUGGCCUGCAGAAAUGCCGGAACCUUAUUUGGUGAUUAAGAGAGUUGUAGAAUUGAUGAAUUAUCAUAAAAAGAUAUUAGAUUAUAACUUUUCAACAAGAGACGUGAAUAAAAUGCAGUUAAGAUGGUGUUGUGGUGAGGAUCCUAUCUUAUUUAAAGAAAGAUGGGACAAACUAUUCAAAGAAUUUCAUAGUGUUGAAAAAGUGGACCCUUCAAAAAUAUCUGAAUUAUACGAUACAAUGAAGUAUGAUGCACUGCAUAAUCGGGAAUUCUUAGAAAAUAUCUUUGAUCCUCAUGGAUGUUCUGAAUUAAUUGACAGUGAGUUAGAUACACACUCUUUAGUGGAUAGAUAUCCUAUCAAUAUUUUGGCAAAGAACAACUUUAAAAUUGUAGAGAGUCAGAAUAAUUCCACUAUGUCAAGUUCCGGUAAGACAAGUGUUGGUUCUCUUGGUUGGGUUUUAGAGAGUAACAAAAUGAGUCAAGAGAAUUCUGCAUUUGCUGAGGGUAAAUUUAAACAAUUAAGAGAACUUUAUAAAUUAGCUAAAGUUUUAUUUGACUUUAUUUGUCCAAAGGAAUAUGGUAUUAAAGAUUCAGAGAAAUUAGAUAUUGGGUUAUUGACAUCUUUACCAUUAGCUAAACAAAUUCUAAAUGAUAUAGAUGAUAUGAAGAAUAAAGAAGCACCCGCUUGUGUAGCAUACUUCACUAAGGAAUCUCAUAUUUAUACACUUUUGAACAUCGUUUAUGAAUCAGGUAUUCCAAUGAGAAUUGCUAGAAAUGCUUUACCGGAAUUUGAUUAUUUAGCACAAAUUAAUUUCGAGUUAUAUGAAAGUACUGAUUCAGCAGGACAAAAAUCACAUUCAAUUAGAUUAAAGAUGUCACCUGGUUGUCAUACACAAGAUCCAUUAGAUGUACAAUUAGAUGAGAGACAUUAUAUUAGUUGCAUUCCUAAAUUGUCGUUGACUAAGCAUUUAGAUAUGGACUAUGUGCAACAAAAACUAAGAAAUAAAUUUACUAGAGUGAAAAUGCCAUCAAAAUUCACACCUGUGAAUAUUACUAGUCCUCGUUUGACAUUUCAUAAGAUUAAAAAGAAUAAAUUAAAAAAAGAGACUAGCAAGUCUGAGACAGAAGGAGAUGAUUCCACCCCUAGUACACCGUUUUUAGCGUUAUCUCAGUCAUCUUCUACGGUGUCAAUUGAUGGUAAAUUAGAGAAAUUUAAGUGA